AUGACAGCUGGCGUCCGCUGGUGUGCUGGGCGGAUGCAGACUUGUGCAUGCCUGGUGCGCGGUGGUGCAUCGACAAGUAAUUACCGACUGCCUGGUUUGGGCUUCGAGCUCGCGCAAGAGGAGACAGACGGCCUGGGAAGUGGGGACUCCGCGGUCGAUCCAGACGCCUCUCCCAAGCGCCCCUUGCCAGGUAUCUUGACUCCCCAGCUCCCAGUCCUGGCUUGUCCUUGGCUGUGCGCAUUGUGCAAGUCUGCAUGCCACACAUCCACAGGCCUGGAGCGAGAUGGCCCGCGCCUUGCUAGAAAUGGCCGGCUGCAGCACCAAGAGGUACGUCGAGAUCUUAGCCGCAACCGACGGCUGGCUCGCUCUGCGCCCACUGCGCUGCCCGCGAGAGCACCCGUGAGAGCGCAGCCUUGGUGGGCUUUUUGGCUGCUGCCACCGCCCGCUCUCGGGUCCCGGUAUGGCGUCUCCAACGUGGGACAGCCCUGA